ACUUGCAAAUGCAGCUCAGAAUCCUCCUGAAGUUGCAUCUCCACGUUGGUAAUGGUGUAUGUGAUAGCAUGCUGGGUGGUCGAGGACUGACUUGUUUCUCCGGCGCGGCGUUGAAUCCUUCUCAGACACCUAACUCCGGCAAGGCAACUAAGCUAGAGAUCAGUGACUCAAAUCACAUGGGAGAUUCUGCAUGCAGAAAUGUGGGGUUUCUUCGCCCCGGUACAGUUCAAUCUUGCACAUUUAAUUUUUGGAAUUGAAUUCUCUAAUUUGUUGUUACUUUACUCUCUGAUUUGCUGCCUUUUUGGUUCAGUCAUAUCUGGAAAUUGUGUUAUGUGCAAUUGCUUAUUACUGAAUAUAGGUGAUGGGGUUGCAUGGUUUGAGAAAUUGAAUUGGGGAUUUCUUUUUUCUUGUUGAAUUUUGCAUAGAGAGAAAGAAAGAGAAAGAUGUUUGUUGAAAUUGAAAUUGAAAUUGCUGCAUUUACUGCAUGAUGGGAUUUUCAUUAAUUUCCUCUCAAAAUAAUGCACCUUUGUCAUGUGUGCUUUCCCAUUUGGUUGAAAGCUGCUUUGCAUUUGGUUUGGAUGAACUUUUAUCCAUGCCUCCAUAGGUUUGGGGCAUUAGUGAAGAGGAUCCAUAGGAAAGUGGAGAUUAUUUCUUUGUUUGCAGCAAAUUUCAGUUCUUGAAUGUUGAGUGUAACAGAUUGAUGCAGCAGAAUGAAGAGUUUGGGUAGUUUGAAGAAGUGAUUGGAAUUGGUUGUGGUUUGGUAAAUGAGUAUGAAUCUCGGGAGGAGAUUUUCGGUUCCUCAAGAGAAUGGGGAUCCAUGGAUUCCAGUGAUACCACAGAUUACCGAUUUGUCUAGGCCCACUCUUGUUCCGGCUGACUUGCAAGGGAACCAUAUUUUACCGAGGCAUGAUCUUAUUCCGUCUGGAAUGCAAGGGAAUCAAACGGAGAUGACAAAUUGGCAGGAACUGGUUGGGAUCUACGGGGAGCUUUUACAAGAAGGAGAUGAAACGGGAGCAAUUCAGAAUGUCAGAUCUGUGGAGCAAAUGGAUGGAACGCAAGUGUCUCAGAGUUCAAAUUCAAUGGCACUGAUGAAUUUGAAGCAGAAGGAGCUUCAUACCUGGCAGAAUGGUGAUGUUCAGAACCAAAGCAUUGAUCAGAGUUUGGUGUCAUAUGGGAAAAAUCUUGGCCAUCUAAAUCCUGGUUGGAGUAAUUGUAGUUCUCUAGCAAAAUCGAUGGCAACGAGGAACAUGCCAACCCCUUGUUCUAUGAAUGCAUCACCAGAGAAGAGCAUCCCUCCCACAAGUCAACCCGUCAUUCCCAGUUCUUAUUCUCAAUUAGAAGGCAAUUACACUCACGGUGAAUCCUCAAGUCCAAUGCUCCCAAAACAAAAGCUCGUGUUGCAUUCAAGUGCAGUUUCCAGGAAACGCCAGCCUCAUGAUGGUUUUGCCGUCCCAUAUUCACCAUCACCGGGAACUGUUGUAACCUCUGGUGCAGCCAGUAUUGUCAAAUUUGCCCCAAUAACUCCUGAUAAGGCGGAGCGAUUGAAAAUCUGCCAUCGUUCUGAAAUACAAAACUUUUCAACAGAGGAAAAUUCAAGUCCAGAAAAGGAUAACCAGGAACAGACAACCUGGGAUAUACGAGAGGGAGAUAACCACUCUGUCUACCUCAUACAGAACGCUCCAGAUUCAUUGUCUGCAGCAAUAUCACCAUUGCCAAAAGGAAAUAACACUGAUAGCAAAGGUAAUGCAGAAAUUGACCUGAACAAGACCCCCCAGCCGAAACCUCCUAGAAGACCGAAACACCGGCCAAAGGUGGUGGUUGAAGGAAAACCCAAAAAGAUCAGUAAAUCUUCUGCUCCAAAGAAUAGUACUCCCAAUGAGAAUCCAUCAGGAAAAAGGAAGCGUGUGCGCAGAAAGCCACCUAAGAUCCCAUCAUCUAAACAGGACGAUGAAACGAAUGGGGUUGCAACUUCAAAUGCAGAUAAAGUAAAAUCAUGCAGGAGGGUUCUGAACUUCGACUUAGAAAAUGGAGCAGCAAAUGGAAAACAAGGCAGAGCAGAGGGUUGCCAGGUAGAGGCACGAGGACGGUUUGACCAAUCUUUUAAUUUGAACUUGGGUGCUCGAGAUAAACUAGUGUCUUUGGUUAAAGAUGUGUCUACAACUUCCAUGAUGCAAGAGCAGCAGAGUGGAGAACAGCAACUAGUAACUACAAGCAACCGCUUCCAGAAGCCAAUUAAUGUGCCUACAAGCCCAGCUACACCUAAGAAUCAUAAACUGAAUGUCAUAGCUAGAAAUUUGAACGUGCAAAAUACUAUUCUAUACCAAAGUAGUAGACAGAAUGGGUACAAUCAAGUGGAAGAAGUUAACAAUGAAAAAGGAAUUAGCAGAAAUGACUUCCAAACAGACACUAGCCAAGCAGGAAUUGAGGAAACAAGACAGUUGGCUUUGCAGAGCACCAGUCAAAUGCUGAGAGAUAUAGCUAAAAUGACUGGAAACCGAGGAUUCAAGAGAGACCUUCACAGCUCUGAGUUGACUGAUUCACAAACUGUUAACCUGAUUGGAUCUCAAUUGUUGUGCCACAACAUGUCUAGGACAGGAAAGCUUAACAGUGAUUGUAGUACAUUGGAGAUAUGUUCAGCAACUCGCAAGAAAAAGAAGUCUAAGGACUCAUUUUGUGGAACCAUUACCAGUACACCUUCCUAUGUUACAUCUGUCAAAGAUUGCUCAGCACACAUGCAGACGGGUAGCUCUAUAUCUCCUGAUAAUAGCAGAUUAUCGAAUCCUAAUCUUCAUCGUGAAAUAAACUGCCAAAAUGCAGAGAAUGUAAUGAGUGGGGAUGCGGCCAAUCGGCAUUUAAACCCCUUGACAGUGGGGCUUCACUAUCAAGGACAACCCACUUUGUCUCAGUUGCAUCCAAAUGCAGAGAAACAAUGUACUCCAUCACAUUUUCAAUCAAAUGCAGGAAUAGAGGCUGAGAAUAUGUCCCAACAACACACUGAAACCGAUGGCCACAAAGCCCUAGCAACAGUUAGAAACUGGAAUACCAAGUGUGUUACAGUGUCUGUUUCUGAGUCUGUACAAGGGCAUGAAAAACAGACUUCACCUGCUACCAUUUCUGCAAAGGCAAGGGAACUCAGACAGGCAUCACCAAAUCAAGCAUCCAGAUCCAGUAGGAAGCAAAUUCCAAUAGAGAAAAAGAAUGCACAAGGCCCACUGGAAUCAGGGGACUAUACAGUUACUGUUGAUAUACUUGCAUUGCGACUGGAAUGCCUAGCUAUCAGUGACAAGAGGAAUAACUUGGAUAUAGAAGAGCAAGGUGCACUUGUUCCAUACAAAGGAGAUGGUGCACUUGUUCCAUACAAAGGAGAUGGUGCACUUGUACCAUAUGAAGGAUAUGAUCUUGCAAAAAGUCGAAAGCCACGGCCUAAAGUGGAUCUUGACCCAGAGACAAAUAGACUUUGGAACCUCUUGAUGGGGAAGGAAGGAAGUGAAUGCAAUGAAUCAAUGGAUAAUGACAAGGCCAAAUGGUGGGAAGACGAAAGGGAAGUGUUCCAGGGACGGGCAGACUCAUUUAUAGCUAGAAUGCAUCUUGUUCAAGGAGACAGACGAUUCUCACGAUGGAAGGGAUCAGUAGUAGACUCAGUAAUAGGAGUGUUCCUCACACAAAAUGUGUCAGACCAUCUUUCAAGCUCUGCUUUCAUUUCUCUCGCAGCCAAGUUUCCCCAGCAGUCAGUGAUUAAGGAAACAGAAGUUCAGGUAAUAGAUCCAGAUGGCACUAUCUCUUAUCAUAAGAGCAUACUUAAACAGCCAGGGCAUAAUCACAGCUCAGCAGCAUCUGGUGAAGCAUCUGACCUCAUAAUGAAAAAUCUAACGAGAGCAAGAGAAAUUCAUAUACCAAAUGAGAAGAAUAGAAGAAUGGAGGAAGAAGUCAUUUCAUUGCAAAAUUCAUCUGCGUCUUUCAUUCUUCAAGCCAAUGAAGAAAUCAAAUCAAGCACUGGAUCCAACUCAGAAGCUGAAGAUCGAUUAAGUGGGAGUAGUCCAAAGAAUGGACAGAAUCAACCAGAAUUUUCUUUACAGACUGAAGUAACUGACUCAUUCCAGGAAUUUCAGCAUUAUGCUAUGUACAGUGCACUAUUGAAUAAGACGACAAUGCCUGGGAAUCAGCAAUCAAAAAAUCCAGUUAGUAGCAGAGAAAAUGGUACACUGGACAGGGGCAGUACUGAAUUUGAUUUCCCAAUCAAUUCUAAUAAUCAGUGCAUAGAAAAUUCAGCAUUCACUUUCAGUAAUCCCUGGUUACUGAUAAAAGAAUACUCCGACACACAGGAAACAACCUCUGACUAUGUUUGGAAAGAAAAUGCAUCCUCUUUACAUUCAGUUGCUAAUGGAACAAACCUAGAAAAAAGUGCAUAUUACUGUUGCACAGGCGUCGAAUAUAUUGCUCAAAAUACAAGUACUUCAACUUCCAAGGAAACAGAGGCCACAAUAGUUCAAGCCUCAGGAGUAGACCAAGAUGCAUUUUUGAAAAAGAAAUCAGAGCACCUAGUGAAUGAACAACCGCAUCCACAGACUGGACAUAUUCAACAUUUUGCCAGCAGUGAUCAACAGGAAAGGUCCAAAAUAAGUCAACUGGACAACACUUAUAAGGCGUCCUCAAACACUGCUAAAGGCCAUGCUAAACAACAAUCAGAAGGGAAAAUACAUCCUGACAAACUGGCUACUGAGAACGCCAUAAACGUUUCAAAUGCAAAAAAGAGAAAGACUGAAAAGGAAAAUAACAAGGUAUCUGAUUGGGAUAGCUUGAGGAAGCAAGUGCAAUAUAAGAGUGAAAAGAUAGGAAGAAGCAAGGACACAAUGGACUCGCUGGAUUAUGAAGCACUUAGACGAGCAGAGGUCAAAGACAUAUCUGCUGUUAUCAAGGGAAGAGGAAUGAACAACAUGCUAGCAGAGAGAAUCAAGGAUUUCCUUAACCGGCUGGUUAGAGAUCAUGGAAGUAUUGACCUGGAAUGGUUAAGACAUGCGCCACCAGACAAAGUAAAGGAAUAUCUACUAAGUAUUCGAGGACUGGGCCUGAAAAGCGUGGAGUGUGUGCGCCUAUUGACACUACAUCAUCUUGCAUUCCCAGUUGACACAAAUGUUGGACGGAUUGCUGUACGAUUGGGGUGGGUCCCUCUCCAACCACUUCCCGAGUCACUCCAGCUGCAUCUCCUUGAGAUGUAUGAGCUACACUACCAAAUGAUUACAUUCGGAAAGGUUUUCUGCACGAAGAGUAAACCAAACUGUAAUGCAUGUCCAAUGAGGGGAGAAUGUAGGCAUUUUGCAAGUGCGUUUGCAAGUGCAAGGCUUGCCCUUCCAGGGCCAGAGGAGAGAAGUAUCGUGAAUUCAGGUGCACCUAUCUCAACUGAUGGAAAUUCCGCUGCCUCAUUCAAGUCUAUGCCACUUCUCCUAGGAAAGCCAGGAGAUCGUACUGUAAGCUCAGCUGAUGCAUUUGAAGCUAGUUACAUGUCCUCUCUCUUGAACAAGCCUAUGCCACUACCUCCAGAGAUAACUAGCUUAAAUAGAGAAGCAACAGAGUUCAUUACAAGCAGCUAUGAACCUAUUAUUGAGGAACCAGCAACACCUGAACCAAUGCCAGAAGUUUCAGAAAGUGAUAUUGAGGAUGCAUUCUAUGAGGAUCCUGAUGAGAUCCCUACGAUUGAGCUCAACAUCAAAGAAUUCACAGCCAAUCUGCAGACUAUCUUGCAAGAGCAGAGCAUGGGAAUACAAGGUGAUAUGUCCACAGCUUUAGUUGCUUUGAAUCCAGAGGCUGCUUCAAUCCCUACACAAAAACUGAAAAAUGUGAGUCGCCUGCGUACAGAACACCAAGUGUAUGAACUUCCAGAUUCACAUCCACUUCUUGAAAGGAUGGAUAGAUGUGAACCUGAUGAUCCAAGUCCAUACCUUCUAGCUAUAUGGACACCAGGUGAAACUGCAAAUUCAGUUCAACCUCCUGAAACAAACUGUGAUUAUCAAGCAUCAGGUAGACUGUGCAAUGAAAAUACAUGCUAUUCAUGCAACAAUGUUAGAGAAGCAGAUUCACAAACAAUCAGGGGCACACUUCUGAUACCAUGCCGAACAGCAAUGAGGGGGAGUUUCCCACUCAAUGGAACAUAUUUUCAAGUGAAUGAGGUAUUUGCUGAUCAUGAAUCCAGUCUUAAUCCAAUUGAUGUUCCAAGACGAUUGAUAUGGUACCUGCCAAGACGGACAGUGUAUUUUGGGACUUCCGUCUCCUCAAUUUUUAAAGGCCUGUCCACAGAUCAAAUUCAGCAUUGCUUUUGGAGAGGAUUUGUCUGUGUUAGGGGCUUUGAUCAGAAAACUCGAGCACCUCGCCCUCUUAUAGCCAGACUGCACUUCCCAGCAAGUAGGGUGGCCAAGAAUAAAAAUGAGAAUGGAAGAAAACAAGGUUCUGCUGCAGGGACUGCUAAGUAGGAUACACAGUCUGAUUGCUAACAUUUCUGGCUUCUUAGAAGGAAAUGCAAGCUAAUUUACAUAUAAUACCCAGUGGCUCAAGUGUCAAGUUUUUCUCUCCUUCACAAGAAGCAGUUUGUAUUCUUUCAUUACCAUUUUUCAGGAUUACUGAUAGGAACACACACACACACACACACAGGUAUACGAAAACAAUAGAUUUUUUUUUUGAUUCGUUAUUAACAUGAACAUGAGUGCUUUGAAAAUAUGACUUGUCUUAUCAAGUCAAACAGCUAAAAUGAGUGCGGUACAAUAAUUUUUGAAAUGGAAAUGCUACUUUGAGGAGUUUAUUAAUUUUUGAAAUGGAAAUGCUACUUUGAGGAGUA